UAUAGCAGAUUUGUUUUCUAUCAAACAAUUGCUCUUAGGUGAAGCUUUGUCGUGCCAUGCCCUAUUUUGGUGUGCAGGUGCAUAGGAAAGUUCAAUGUUUAAUAUAACAGUUACUGGUUAUAAUGGGUUUACUGUGAAGUAGUAGACUACUAAAAUGCGAAAAGCUGAACUGCCCUUCACAAUGGCUGAAUGUGUUUAAGUUCACUGGCACUGUCAUCAUUGUGAAUGGGCCAAGGCAAUUCGUCGAAGCACUGAUCUUAAGCAGAGCUUCGUUUCCAUUCGGUUUACUAGCAAGAAACCAACUAACCAUAGCAGUGUAACCGAAGGUAUAAGACUGCGUGAAGAGUUGCGAUGGCGACAAUAAUAGCACGCGUCAACGCAGCAAUUAAUUUCGUUACCGAUCUAGUCGGCUACACAAUAAGGAUUAACUACUUCCUAGGAGAGGCGCUCUUUACGUUACUGUCAUGGGCUUUUGGUCACGUGACGACGGGAACGCGGACGCUGCUGGCACUAAUCAAGAUGGCGGUUUUUGAUCUAGGCCAGUUUGUUGAGGAUCUAGGUGGAUACGUGGCAGCGUUGGUGGCUGUCGCGGAAGGAUUGGUCAACCUUAGUUGUCAAUUAGUAGCUACUUUAUUUUUUGCUUUCCUCUCAGCUCUCGCAUCUUUUGUAUCAGUUGUAAUAGGGGUAGGCACCUCGGUGUAUGUCACAAUCAGCUCUAUCCUGGACGCUAUCAAGCAACUCACACAGGUUGGCGCCAAAAGUCUAGUACUCGUGUUGCACACGAUACCGCUUGGCCUGGCAAAUGGUGCAAAACAAGCCUGUCGAGCACUAGUGGCUGGAUGGCUGGCAACGAAAGAGGUUGCCAUAAGUGUAGUCUACAAUAUCACUGAUGGAGUGUGCCUACAAUAUCGCAAUGCACGAAGCCUCUUUCGGGGUCUACCUGGAGAAGCUUACCUCGGCGUUUUUCUGUUAAUCACCUUGCUAAUGGUGGUUCAUUACACUAUACGUGCUAUCUACUUGAACCGAGCUUUGCUUCUCCAUCGAUCUUAUCACGUAACUAUGAAAGUACUGUCGACACUUCGCAAUGGAGUUAACGCUUCACUCUCCUUAAGCUGGUUGCAAGCACUGCCUGAUAGGAUAGGCGGCACCUCCUCUGGAAGCCCCGGAGGAGAAGAGGAGAUUGACUCUUCGCCUUCAUCAUCGUUUGAGUCGACGCCGCCCUACAAUCUGAGACAGAGAAAGCCUGGCCAACGGUCAUCGCGUGUGUCGCGUAUUGAUUCUAUAAAGCGGCAACUCCAGGCAGAGAAAGAGUCUCGUCUAUGUGUCAUUUGUAGUGACCGCCGGCGCAGUGUUGUUGUUCUUCCGUGCCGACACUUUUCCUUUUGUGGUCCAUGUAUUAAUCAGUCAGUAAGAUACUACGAUCAUUGUCCUGUUUGCCGCACAACCAUUGAAGAGGUCGUCCCUGUCUAUCAAUAGCUUGACUACGCCCAGCAGCUACACUACCAAUGUAAUGCUAUCUAUUUUGUCUAGACAUAAUAGGAAAAAGAGGAACAAUCAUUUUCACUAAUUGAUAUUUUGAUACUCGUGAUGACAGAUGAUUGUUUUAGCAGAGAGAAGAUAUAUAUAAGAACGCGCGUCAGUAAUUAGUGGCAUUGGAUCUGUGACCGUCGUGAUCGUCCGGCAUCUUUGUUGUCGUGUGAAUGGCAAGAAUUCGUUAGUAAAUAGCUCCUGCAAUCAGUAUUUGAGAGAUUUCUAGCAUUAUACAAUUCUAUACUUGUACAGUAAAACGAUCUUCAUUCUCAGAAAGCGUCACUCUCUUAAGAAAAACGAGUUCCCUCGGGUUGACCUAAAUUUUGUUUUCAAAUUUAACUACUGCAGCAGUAUUUUUAUAAAUAUUGGCACAAUCUUUUCCAUGAUGGUGGGAUAACGGUGAACGUCGUGAUGUACAAUGCUUCUACAACGAUAAAAUGCUUAAAUAAUGUUUAUAAUGGUCGAAGAAAGAGAAACGCGUAUGUUGGGCUAAGCACUUGCUACUAUAUAUAUACAUAUAGAAGACGUUCACUGUUAUCUUUUAACACGCGUCCUGCUAAUAAUAGAGGUAUAUCCAUGGAGACAAGUACGAGUAAUUAAGAUAAAUUAUAGAUGUUAGAAAGACCUUUUACGUCGAGCUAGAUUUAUUCUCACGCCAUCACACUGCUAAACAUCGAUAAGAGAUUUUUCCGUUGAAUUCAAUCUGCUAAAUAUGCUAACCAUUGUAAUAGAUAGGGUUGACUAGGUGGCCGCGAGAAUAUCGUAAAUUCUGGGUUUGAAUAUACCCUGAAUGGCGAAAAUAGGUGAUCGGUGAACAGGAUCAGAGUGUUCGAGGCUACUGAAAGUUUUUAUGUAACAUCUGAUUAUUAUCGUUCAGGUCUAAACAGGAUGCUGCUUGAAAAUGAAUUUUAGCAUAAGCACCAACUAGAGAAAUAGCUGCGUUGGAUAUUUCUAUCUAAGUAAGGCACUGCAGUAGUACCUACCCUUUUCGUAGGUUACUUAGUAUUAUUCCGCUCUAGCAGUCAACGAGUGGAAAUCCGAAAUUUGAGUGAAGACCUCGAGCAAGGAACUCAAGCUAGUGCGAAUGCUAUCAUGUAUUCGUUUUGGGCCUUUUUAAGAUUAAUAAUAGCUUUAUGAACGUUUUAGUGUGAGUGUAUGUUAUCUGUCUGUGUGGUUGUCGCGAUAGCAGUUGGAUCUUAACAGCGUACUAGCCGAAUUAGAGCGUUCGUUGUCUGCCUCUGAGACACGAGUACGCUAGAUAAGGUAAUGGUCGAAACACACAUUUGUAAAAGCGAAUAAGUUGAGUGAAACGAUGUGCCUGAGUGUCUUCGGUUGUAAAUUCAUUCUAUCCUAUAUGAGUACAAGUGAUGAGAACGGCUGCAUAGACCGUGAAUAUAUCUUUGCUAUUGUACGCUUCGUAUGCAGGGCUAAUACCUUUCACACCACUUCCUAGGUACUUUUCUUUUCCUACAGUCAAGCGAAAGUGUGUUCAACGAGCGGCAUUGUGCUACCAUGUUCUCUCAUAUAUCCAAAUUCAAAGCAUGGAUUUAUUUGUCUUUAGAGCAGCGAAAGAACAAACUUUCAUUAUAUAUAUAAAAAUGUUGUCCUACGUUAGGUUCGACGUUGUAUGGGAGAAGGAUCGAUACAUGCCGACAGCGUAACGUACAAUGUAAAAAUAAGAGUUGUAUAAUAGUACUGCACGUUAUGCUAACAGACAUUACCUCUAGCUUGGGUUAUUUAAGUCUAAGAAACAUACGCACACACGUACAUUCUAAGAUUGCAUUCAUUUUAGAGACGUUUCCGAUUAUCUGGCCGUUGAUAGAUGCGAGAGUCAGCUCAGGCGACUAAGUAGAAGCCGAUUACUAGCCACUAGUUGACCAAUUGUCGCACUACCGGACGAGAUUGAGGAAAUAUUAAACAUCAGCAGAGGCGAUAAAAAAAUACCCUGCUGCAUUCAGGGACUCAGUCAUAUCAAAGAUCCGCUUUGUGAUGACUCCAUAACAUUUUCUCUAAACGCAUAGUGUCUUUUGUUUAGCUUCGAUUCAGUGGUGUGUGCAUUUGCUGUUACCCGUAUGCUAAGAAUGGCUUUAUGUGAAAAUUCAGUUCACUGCCGAUGAUGCCAUGAUCAACCUUAAUGUGCUCGUAGAGCAAACGUUUACGUUUGAGACAAUAAAGGUCGGUUCCCGAUUCGCCGCGUGUAAGUAUUGCAAUCCUGUUUAAACAGAUAAAUCCACUGUAAUCAGGCAAGCGAUGUUGUUUAUUGUGAUAGAUAGCGUUAUUUCAAUUGCUGCGUACACCUAUUUUUUUACGGCGACAAACAAAGUAUCGACUGGGCUAAAUUCACUUGUCAACUAAAUGUGGCACAGAAAGCGAGCCACCCAAAUACAGCGGUCUACGAUACGUAGUAACGGAAAUGACUUUUUAUUCCCUGGAAAUAGAAGCACUUAAUUAAACGUUAUCUACGUUUUAAAUUAAAUUGAUUAAUCUGAUUUCAGAUGUGGCAAGGGUAAUCUAACGCCACUGAAACGCAGCGGAGUUCAGAGAAAACUCUAGGUAUGCGUGCCUCUCAGAAAUAUUUUAUGCCGAUUAUAACGAUUAGGUAAGCAGUUAGGAGACUGAACACGUUUGGCCAACGACACAAGCCAUCCUAUAAAGGACCAUAGAAAAUUCUGGAUAAGAAGGUUGAAAUAAAUCAUUUUAGAGCGUUCUGCAUUAAAUAAACGUUGAAUUGCCAAAAACGCUGUAGAGAAAUAAGUUACUUUACAAACACUAAGCAAGUUCGUGGGAACUGCGGUUACUGUUAGAUUUUGCAAAUUUCGAAUAACGACUUUGAUAAAUCCAGCUUUUCUGUAUUGCAGAAAAUAUGUCUCUUCAGCAGAGAUAAUGUGAAGCAAGUAAGGCUGUAUCGUUCUAGGUCAGUUUUAGUCAUAUUCCGUGUAGUCGGUCGCACAACGGACGGCGACAUAUAGUCGUCUCAUUACCCAUAAGAGCACAGAAUAGGCGGUUUUAUUCUGUCAGUGUAAGUACAAGUGGCCCCCUGGCGAGCGCGCUAGCUUACUCUCCUCAGACCCAGCCAAAAAAAACGCUGUAGAAAACAGCACGUUAUUAGAUAGCUGUUGCAUUGUAUCCUGUACCUUAUUGCGUUUAUCAUUUUACUGAAUAGCUGCGAUGCUUUACCCGCAUAUGCGAGAGCCAUCGGCCAACACCCGUCAAAUGUUUAUUCAAAAACUAUUUAGCUGAAAAAUAUUUAGCAAAAAAGAUAAAUAUCCACACAGUCCGUGUACUUGGGCAAUUCGAUUUGUCGAUGGGUUUGUUUACGUCUGCUAAAUGCGUUAGUCAAAUGCAGGAGCGCCUGCAAAUGCUCACGUGGGUAGAACAGUAGCGCAACUAUAUCAUCUGUCUGAUUUCUAUUGCAAUGAUAGAACGUAGAUUCCCUCGGAAAUAAUCGUGUAAUAAUCUCAA